AUGUCUACUGCCUCUCAUGCCGGCCUGCAAAAUACACCAUAUCAGCCCUUCCAAUGCGACGUCUGCCAGAGACGCUUCACCAGAAAUGAGAACCUGAAGCGACAUGCAGCGCUUCAUACACGUCUCCAUGCUCGGAAACAUCCCCAGCAAGAAGAUGCGCGAAUUGCAAAGAGAUCAUGUCAGAAUAGACGUACGCCGGCAAAGCCGACGAGCACUGCUGGAAGGAAUUCUCAUGUUGUUGAGAAUGAUACGGACUCGUCAGUAUCUCCUGCAGGGCGUGGAAAUUCCUGGAGUUCUCAACAAUCCGGUGAUGAUGUGGAACUGCAAGCGGACUAUGAGGUUUGGUCUCCCGGCUUACGCUAUGUCGAUGAUGCCCAACAUGAGAAAGAUAUAGACCUGAUCAUAAGAAGCGCGAACAUGAACCUUGAAUCAAGAAAUUUCCAUGCCGACGCAUCUCCUAUUACGCAGCAAUCACGGAUACACGAGCCGCCAUAUAUUACGCACUUUACGGAGAAUGCCUAUGACUUGGGCCAGAACCAACUAUCCGGGUCUUUUGCUACUAAGCAUGCAGAUUUUUUGGGCAAUCAAGUGCGCAUACUCAAUGGCUCGCGGUCUACACCAUCUAUGGAUAGAGGAAAUUUCAGUCAAGAUAUUCCGGACAGCUUGCUAGCCAAUGAUCUAUCGUCCAUUGCUCACGAAGAUUGGUUCCCUUCGGUAUCGCAAAUUGCGCGAGGCGUUGAUCUCUACUUUACACACGUAUUGCAUUUUGUGCCUUUCAUUCAUAGACCAACCUUUGAUGCAAGCCAGGCUCCGUGCCAUUUGAUUCUUAGUAUGCUAUCACUAGCCUAUCGAUAUGGCGAAGAUCCCGACAACGAAGAUCAAGCAGGCUCCGGAACGAGCUUAUCCACGCGCUGUUUUUAUCGAGCUAGAACACUUCUCGCUUCAAUGGAACAGGAUAAUGACGAUGAAUCAAAUGCUACCAGGGGUAUCAGCAUGAUUCAAGCCUAUUUGUUGUUGCAAAUAUGCGCCACAAUGUAUCUUUGCGGAAAGAGCUCGGAAUAUGGACCCCAGAUGCAUUCCAAAUUGAUUAUUCUAGCACGCUCGACAGGACUCAUGCAGCCCAUGCAAAUCGAAUCCUCAGCGACAGCAGAUCUGGAUUCACUGUGGCGAGAAUUCAUAAAAGCCGAAUCCCAUAAACGGACGCUUUUCACUAUUCAUCAAAUUGAUUCCUUGUGGUAUCAGUUCUUCUCUGUUCCUAGGCUACUCUCUCAUUUAGAGAUCAAACAUGACUUACCCUGCCCAGAAGAUUCUUGGACGGCAUCAUCCUCAGCGCAGUGGGCACAUGGACAAUUGCUUCUACGACAAUCCGGCCCUGGUAGCAGCAUGCAAUACGCAGAUGCUGUCCGAUAUUUUCUAUCUUCCAAUCGAAACUUCAGCUCGCUCCCGCCGUUCGAUCCUUACGGGGCGAUUAAUAUUGCGCAAUUCCUGAUCUCGAGUGCACGCGAAAUUACGGGCUGGUCUACAAUGACGGGAAGACUCAGCGUCGAAAGAUUGGAACCUAUAACCUCAUCCCUUGUCGCGCUCGAACCUUUUAUACGGCCUCAGGCUCACAGACACAACACCAAGAAUAUGUACGCGGCUUUAUGUGAAGCAACGUGGGAAAUGGCCAUGAUCGAAAUCCAGAUAUGGUCACCAUCCCAUACCGGAGGCAUUGUGGGUGGAAGUGUGGACGAAGCAUUGAAAAUAGCAACCGAUCUAGCACCAUUAUCCUACGAGAUUCUGGUUAAGUCAAACGGCGUUAUUCAGCCUCAUGUUGACUGGUUUUUGCGCUAUCUUGAUUCUUCGGCUGUGACACCGAUUUCCGAACCCCCGUGGAUCACUUUGUAUGCAUACAAAACGUUCUUGAUUGCCUGGCAGAUGGUUCGUGGAGGUUUGGCGGGUGCAAUGCAAGCUGUGGGAGUUCGGGAUGGUGAUUUGAAGGGGGCUAUGGCGUGGGCUAGAAAGGUUUUUGAGCGAAGACAGGGAUGGCAGCUGGGAAAAAUUAUUAUGAAGUGUCUGGAUGUGUUGGAGAAUGAGUUGAUUCGAUGAUUUCAAGACUAAGGGUCUCCUGUCACAACGGAUAUUUGAUCUCAUACACAACUUCCUCAUCCGUAUUUUACGCCCCAGGGCGAGAUUCCACGACACACUCGGCAAGAAUAAUAAUGCAAAGGUCUAAGCGAUGAGGGUGGCCAAGGGUACACGCUAGUUCUCUUGGGAUAGUCCUCUUUUACUUC